ACAAACACGAAUAUCCAAUAAGUUGAAUUUCACUACUGACCUGGUUACUGUUAUGAAAGUGUAAGAAACAAGAAAUUCUCAUUUCUGAAUCCGCUACUUUGUAAUCAAACUGGGAGAAUAUUUGAAGCUAAAAGAGGAAUAUUAGAAUUUUGUUUUCAUAAACCCUACUUUUUUCUGUAUAAAAGUUAGUGUCACUGUCAGCUAAUACUGAAAAUUUGAAAGAUCAUGCCACACAGAGUGCAAUAGCCGAUAAGUUCAGUUUCUUUUUACUUAAAAUUUCUGUUAUUUUUGGAUUUUUUUUAAAGAUUUUGUUUACUUAGAAAGAAACCUUGUUGUCAGAGCUAAAUACUUUGGAAAGUGAAAUUAUGAAGUGUUUCGGAGAAAAGCCGAAGACUCGUCACUGCAAAAUCAUAUUAUUGGACGAAACUGAAUUAAUUCAAGAAAUACAGGACACCACUAGAGGUCAGGACUUACUAGAUGUUGUCUUCAAACAUCUGAAUUUGUUGGAAACAGCCUACUUUGGUCUACGUUUCGUUGACUCGUCGGGUCAAACGCACUGGCUAGAUCCAACCAAGAACGUGGCGAAACAGUUAAAGGGUACGACCCCAUGUACCUUGUACUUCAAUGCCAAGUUCUACGCUUCAGAUCCUUGCAAGCUGCUUGAGGAAAUCACUCGAUACCAGUUUUUUUUACAAGUCAAACAAGAUAUUUUACAAGGACGACUACCAGUUUCAUUUGAUUUAGCCGCAGAACUCUUCGCCUACAGCGUACAGUCUGAAUUGGGUGACUAUGAUCACAGAAGACAUCAGCCUGGGUAUAUUUCAGAGUUCCGGUUUAUAUCGAAUCAGACACCAAAUUUGGAAGCUAAAGUUGCAGAGUUACAUAAGAACCUUUCAGGAAAAGUUCCAGCAACAGCAGAACUUAAUUUCUUAGAAAGGGUUAGAUGGCUGGAUAUGUACGGAGUUGAUCUUCAUCCAGUUUUGGGAGAGGACAACAUUGAAUAUUUUCUUGGUCUCACACCAAGUGGGGUUAUUGUUCUUCGAAACAAAACCAAAGUUGGAAACUAUUUUUGGCCCAGAAUAACAAAGGUUUAUUUCAAGGGUAAAUAUUUCAUGCUGAGAGUUAGAGACAAAAAUAAUGAUGAAAAUACAUAUGGAUUUGAGCUUCCAAGUAAACAGGCUUGUAAACAUUUAUGGAAGUGUUGUGUUGAGCAUCAUGCUUUCUUCAGGUUAACUCAAGUAAGGGAGGUUCCAGGAAGUUCAGGAAAAAUGUUUAGUUUGAGUUCAAGAUUUCGGUACAGUGGUAGAACACAGAAGCAGAUGCAGUUGGACCUUCAACAAAACAGACCACCACCAACAGUAACUCGAGUUCCCAGUAGGCGUUACCAGAAACGUCUUGGUCAACCAGAUGGUGCAGAUGCUGGCAGUCAAAUGAAAGAAGAACAGUAUGAAAAUAGUCUCAUAGAAACCAAGUCAAAUAUUUCAAUUCCCCAAGUAAUCACCCCACUGGCAUCCAUGUAUAGAUCAACAUCUGUUCCUUCCGCUCUUCCAUUUUCUGAUUCACCUUGCAGUGCAAGAUCUGCCCCUUGGGUGGGUAGCAAACAUAGAGGUAUGUACUCAAAUUCCACUAAUCCUUCACCUCGAUCAGUGAAAAGUGCUGGUGGUUACUCUUCAUCUCGCUUCCGUCUUCAUCAGCGAAAUGUUUCUGUAGAAAGUGACAGUAGUUGUGAUUCAAGGAGAAGACGGCAUCAUCGUAGCAGAAAAAGUUCAGAUAAUGAUAGUGAAGUUUCAAAGUCUUCCAGAGGAUCCAAAGUCUCAAAGUCAUCAAGAAACAGCAGCUCGAACAGAAGGUCACAUCAUAGAGGUGGUGGUAGUGGUAGUGAAUCAGAAGGCCAGAAGAAGCACAAAAAACAUCACAGGAGACAUAAGUCAGGAAGUACAUAUGAGUUGGUUGAUUCUGAGGCCCAGUGGAAACUAGUGCAGCAGCAGCAACAGCAAAAUAAGUACUUAAAGCCACAAAAUGCUGUUGUUAGAGAUUUGUCAAGUAGAAAAAGUGGGUACCACAAUUCUGGAAUGGAGACAGAAUCUGAAGCAACCUUUCUGCAUAAGAAAAAACAUAGAAGACAUAGGUCAAGAUCCAAAUCUCCAGAUAACAAGAAAGGACUAUCAGAAGAACUUAAAAAACACAUAGAAUACUCUUUGAUUGAUCCUGAAAACAUGACAGAAGAAGAAAAACGAAAUAUAAAAUAUACCAAGGUUGAAACUGACAGUAGAUUGUUCAAAAUUCGCUAUUCACCUUCUAGUGGUCAAGCUCACCGUCGAGUUACACGAGUGCCAUCAAAAAAUUCUUCAGAACAAUCGAAGAACAAAACAUCAGUGGGGGAUAAUGACAGUCCACCACCACCUUAUACAGAAAAUGGUUCUAUGCCUCAAGGAGCUUCUCAACCAUCUUCAUAUACAAGUGCUUCUUAUGCCAUAACAACUCAACUAAGUGAUAAUAUGAUAUCAGGCAACAACAGCAAAACCAUCACAAAUUCCAAGCCUUCCAGUGGAAUGCAAAGGGUCAGCUUAUCUCUCCCAGUACCAGGAACGACAAGUGCUUCUUUAGUUCACAGUGGAGGAGGAUUUGUACAGGCUCGGAUGAUUCCACCUAAAAUUAAUCAUUCCUUUGUUCAAAACCCGGAUUCAGACACAAAAAACAAUGGAAGUAUAUUACAAACUGACUACAAUAGCAGUCUGUCAAAAUUACAGAACCUAAGAACACACAAUGGAAAUAUACUUAUCAAUGGACACGUAAGCUCCACACCAGUAUCUCCUUCUCCACGAGUCACUUUUCAGACACCAUUGCAGUCUGUUGUUGGUAAGUCUUUCGGUCAGCCUUACCUGAGGAACCAAGCAAACUCAAGGAUAACCACUGAACUUUCAAAAGCUGCAAGUGGAGACAAGUCACUGUCUGAAAAUAAUUUGGAAAUGAGCACUGAGCUCUAACAAAAUAUUUUCUAGGAAACAUGAAUUUUUUUUGUUUUCUAUAUAUAAAACUUAUUUAUCAGUGUUAAAGUAAUAAAUACAAACUAUUUACAUGAUAAAGUCACAGAGAAAAGUCAAAUGAAGAUAAAAAUUCUAGUUUCUUUUAUUCCCUUGACCUUUUCUUAUUUAUCUAACCUUAUCAAUGGAACUACACAAAGGUUUUUCUCAUUAUACAGCUUUUAUUAUCUAAUUUUUAAAUGAUACUAAGUAAAAUCUGUUGAUUGAGCCAAAUAGAAACUGAAUUUGGGCUUAAAUGUAAAUGUAGUACAAUGUUGCAAAAGUUUCGUCUAUUGUUUUGAAGUUAAAUGCCUGAUUUAUAUCGAACAUUGAUUCUAAUUUAUCAGUUAGUUUUACAGUCUGCACGGGCAUUUAUGUGCUGUAUUAGCAAUCCUUGCACCCAACUAAAUGAUAGUUGUAGGUUAAAAACUAACUGCAGGUUAUCAGUCUGAUGUAUUUUAGUUUCAAGAAUUAUUUUGUACUUUUUUCAAGUUUUUCAAAAUUUCCAUUUUACUUUAUGGCAUAUCUGUAAAGGUAAUUUGUGUUUGAAAAGCAAUCAAGUAAAUCAGAAUGUUGACCAUUUACAGUAAUGUUGAUUAAAAACAUGCAUUAUUUGACACCAUUUGUUGUGCAGAAAGAUCAGAUUUUAAUUAUUUGCAGUUUAUAAGAUUUAUUUAUAUUUGAGAUUUUUAAAGACUAUGUUUAAAAUCAGUUUAGCAUUUCAGCAUGUAGAGGACAAUGUUUAAUGAAUUACAAUUGCUGAUUCUUCUAGUGAUGAAAAUGUUAACUUAGUCAACAUAUUUGCGUAACUUGCCUAUAAUUUCUUUAAAAAACUGAAAACUUAGAUCAAGUGCAAUUUGAACUGAUGAACUCUUGCAUGUCAUGCCUAUGCCAUAACUACCUAAGUUAUUAGAUUUGCAUUCUUCCUUCUACAUUUCUUUGAUAGUUUUAGUGUUGGUUUACAUAACCCUAUAAAUUAUCUCUCAUUGUCCAGCCCGACUAAUGAGUUCUGAUAUUGAAUGAAAGGCCUCUUGGGCAGUGACUUAUGGGAGAUAGAACACUGAUCUGAAAUGUUGUUUUUACACGCCUCUGAUUUUGAAUCCACAAUGGACAAAUUAAGAGGAAUGUGUGAAACAAAAUAUCUACAGUUAAUUCAACUUUUAUCACAAGUUUUAGGCCUAUUGGUUUCUAAUGCUUCACCAGCUUUUGGAAUUUAAGCCAUAACUUUCAAAACAUAAAAUGUGUUUACGUAGUCAUUAUUAUGCAUGAAUUUAUAAAGUCAAUGACUCAAAUUAAUCUGUUAGUAUAUGUAAUAAAUUUAGUUUAGACUGUUUUCAGUGUAAAUUUAUUUCUUCAUCCAAUAAAGAUAAAUAAGUAGGUUAACACAGAUGUGUAAAUGAAAAUGUUAUGUUUUUGUGAUGUUUCAUGCAGAUGGUCAAGCAGUAUAUAUACCAUGUUACAGGGAUGUUAUAGUAGAAAAGAGUCAUUGUUGGGUUAGAAUAUACACAAAUUCUAAUUAAACAAUAAAUACAAAGUUUUUAUUUAAAAGUAUAUGUUAAACAAUUUAACUACCUUAUCUGAACUGUUUUAAACCACAUCUUUCAGAAAAAUAUUUACUCCUAUUCCAAUAGGUUUGUGCUAACAUAAAAUAAACAUAUUUCCUAACUUAAUUUGAUUAUUAUAUAAAUGUUUUUUCAUAAAUAGCCAUUGUUAUAAAAAACCUUCUUAGUUUAAAUAAAUUGCCAUUUUUGACGAUUUUGUAAAUUGAGUUUGAAAAAUGACUAAAUGACACAUACUUAAAUAAAAAGGUGUUAAUUUAGAAAUACACAGAUUUGUUUUGAACACAAAUUUUCAGAAUGAGUAAAGAUAUUGACUUCUAAAAACUCAAGCUUAAGCUAACUAUUUGUGCAUUGGUAACAUAGAGUAACCCAUAUCUCUGGAAGAAUAUGCUGUUCUUUAUCUGUAAUAAGUUUUUGAUACACACCUAAAUACAUAAUAAUAAUAAAGCUGUUUUUAUCUCUUGUGAUCAUUGAAAUAAAAAUAUACUUAAGAGGAUAAAGAAGCACCUUUGUGGGAAGUUCCUAAUGCAUUUUCAUUUCAUUUAUAAUAAGUGAAUAUAUUUUGUUCAUUUAUGUUUCUUAGUUAGACUAACACUGGUAGCGUAGUAACUUGUUCGGUAUUUAAAUUUACAUGAAUUUCAUCAUUCUUUGUGUAUGUACAAAAUGGUGUAAUUAAGCACUAAAAGUAAAGAAUGGCUAUGUAUUAUUGAAGUUAUCAAGAUCUUAUAACUUUCUGUAAACUAUGUAACAUUUUUGAAAGUUAACUGUAUACUAGAUUCAAGGUCUUAUGUAACUCUUUGUAUGUAACUUGAAUAUAAGAAAACUAUUCUACCAUAAAUGAUUUUAGUUUGUUUCAUAAAGCACAAGUUGAAGAUUUUUAUCAAACAUAUUAUACCUUCCUAAUAGUGCCAUUUAAAACUGUCAUUGAGGAAGGUAUAAAAAAAAAACCUUCUUAGAGUAGUAACUCAUUAGUUUUAUUUUUAUAUAAAGGUAUUGUGUUUGUAUGUGUCUUGUGAACUUUUUAAGGAGUUGUUGGUAUUGGAUUAUGUGUAAUUUUGCACAUUGAAGUACUUGAUAUAAGAAAGCAGUAAACUUCAUGUGCAGUGUGGCACUUGUUUUAUUUUCAAGUUUAUAUAAUAGAGCAGUUUUUGUUUGUGAGAAAAUAUAAAAGUAGGUCUUUAUAUACAUAAAUAUAAUUUGUGCCAUCUUCACAUCAAAUUAUAUCCUGAGAACUUAUCAACUGAAAAAAAUUGAAAUUUCAUUCUCUGCCUUCAUAUUUUCCUCAAUUGUUGUUCUAUUUGAGUCACUUGAUAAAUGUAUAGUUUUACUACAUUUGAAACUGUCUUCAGUAAUUCAAAUUACUAAUGUUUUGGAUAUUCUCACCUUGUGAUAUAAUAUUUAACAUAAAUAGUUUAACAUAGGUUGAAUGAUAUAUAAUUUUAUUGCCUCUGCUUUGCAGUUUAGAAAGACCAUACCUGUGAUGAAUUUUAAUCCUUGCUUUACCGGUGAUUUCACAUGAAAAAUAUUAGUCUUUUAAUAACAAUUACAAUUCCCAAAGAACUAAGAAAUAAAUUUGAAUUUUAACUUUAAUUGUUGCCUUUUGGUGAUUAUGAACAAGUAAAUUUAGGUUUUAAUAAGUUUGUAAGUUCUCUUAAAGAUUUAACUAGUAAUUAAAAGGUUCAUUUUAAUGUAUAAUCAUAAAUUGUUAAUAAAACAUCAGAUACUAUUACUCACCCCGUCUAUUGUUACAUAUUGUUGGCUGAUAUGUACAAAUUAUAAUAUUAUUCAUAUUGAAUCAUCAAUUAUGUGUUUGUAAGGAAUACAAUAAAAGCUGUAUAAUAUUGGUACAAAACUUUUCCACAAAAUGUAACAUAAUUUUUGUUAAGCAAUAA